CACCUUCAGCAUUAUUGAAAGGAGCCAAAAUUUCGUGAGGUCAGCUGACCUGCUUCGUGGCCUGCCUUCUGGCCUUAGCUUUUUCUUCUCUUAUCGAUGAGAUCCGGGGUAAGAAAUAGGGCUCGGUAACUGUGGCUUCAAUGACGUACGUUCAUACGCCAAGUAUCUAAAUACGUUCCGAAAUCCACAUCUUCGUUGUCUCAAUUUUCUCAAGUGCUAUACCCUUCAUCAUCAAUGGAACCAUUGACAAAAAGGUGUGCAGUUGUUACAGGAGCAAAUAAAGGAAUUGGGUUUGAAAUAUGUAGGCAAUUAGCUUCAAAUGGGAUCUUUGUGGUAUUGACGGCCAGGGAUGAGAAGAGAGGCAUUGAAGCUGUUGAGAAGCUGAAAGCAUCUGGCUGUGACGGCGUGGUCUUUCGUCAGCUUGAUGUGGCCGACAGUGCUAGUAUUCAGUCUUUUGCUGAUUUCAUCAGAAAUCAUUAUGGCAAGCUUGACAUUUUGGUGAACAAUGCGGGGAUUGGUGGAACCACAGUGGAUACUGAUGCUUUAUCCUGUUUCAAGAAGGAAGGAGUUCCUGUCAAAUGGAAAGAAAUAAUGACUGAAAGUUAUGAGUUAACCAAGCAAUGCCUUGAAACAAACUACUAUGGCGCCAAAAGAAUGUGUGAAGCUCAUCCCCUCCUCCAGCUAUCCAACUCACCAAGAAUUGUUAAUGUUUCCUCCUCCAUGGGAAAGUUAAAGAAUGUAAAAAACGAAUGGGCCAGGCAAAUGUUUAGUGAUAUUGAAAACCUUACUGAGGAGAAGGUAGACGAGGUGUUGAAUGAGUAUCUGAAGAAUUACAAAGACGGUUCACUUGAAGCCAAAGGCUGGCCUGAUUUUAUGUCUGCAUAUGUUGUCUCAAAAGCUGCUAUGAAUGCAUAUACAAGGAUCCUGGCCAAGAAGUACCCAACUUUCUGCAUCAACUGUGUUUGCCCUGGCUAUGUCAAAACAGAUAUAAACUUCAAUACAGGCGUAUUAACUGUAGAAGAAGGUGCUGAAAGUUGUGUGAGGUUAGCACUGCUUCCUGAGGGCAGUCCAUCUGGAAUGUUCUUUUCAAGGAAAGAAGAGACCUCGUUUGAGUGAACAUAGUCCUUUUCUAGAUUCUGUUUAUGAAAGUUAAACCAACAUAGCUUGUUUAUAUCUGAUGUUAUUACCCUUCUACUGUAUGACUAAGUUAUGAUGUGUUUAUAUAUUUAUGUUCAUAUA